GAACAUUGACAUGGUCCCAACAGCUCAAGUGUGUCAGUUUGUCUGUCAGAUUAGAUCACAACUGACCUCUAUUUAUUCCUUUCCAAUUCCCUUUCCAUUUCCACAAACAACACCUUUCAAGGAAAAAUGUCUCUUCUUGGAUUUAUUCUUCUUGGAAUUUUUCUAUACAAAGUUUCACAUGUAAAAGGACAUGGUGGUCAUGUGAGUUGGAUUAAUGCUCAUGCUACUUUCUAUGGUGGAAGUGAUGCUUCUGGUACAAUGGGUGGAGCUUGUGGAUAUGGAAACCUAUAUAGCCAAGGUUAUGGAACAAAUACAGCAGCAUUGAGCACUGCACUUUUCAACAAUGGAUUAAGCUGUGGUGCAUGUUAUGAAAUUAAAUGUGUGAAUGAUCCACAAUGGUGUAUUGCUGGUAGCUCCAUUGUAGUUACUGCCACUAAUUUUUGUCCACCUGGUGGUUGGUGUGACCCUCCAAAUCACCAUUUUGAUCUUUCUCAACCUAUUUUUCAACAAAUUGCUCAAUAUAAGGCAGGGAUUGUGCCUGUUGCUUAUAGAAGGGUAAGAUGCAGGAGAAAAGGUGGAAUAAGAUUCACAAUCAAUGGUCAUUCUUACUUCAAUUUAGUACUUGUUACUAAUGUUGGAGGUGCUGGUGAUGUACAUUCUGUGGCCAUCAAAGGUUCAAGAUCUAGAUGGCAAGCCAUGUCAAGGAAUUGGGGGCAAAAUUGGCAAAGUAACUCUUACCUUAAUGGACAAAGUCUUUCCUUUGUAGUCACCACAAGUAAUGGUCAUAGUGUGGUCUCAUUCAAUGCUGCCCCAUCUAGUUGGUCCUUUGGGCAAACAUACACCGGAAGACAGUUCAACUAUUAAACAACUUUUAAUCAAUAUUUUAAAAAUCGAAUUGGAUGAACUGUAGAUCAAUACCAUCUACAGUUUGGUUAUUUAAAAGUUUUAUUGUAGUUUUGUUCUGGUUCAAACAAUUUAAAAUUAUUGAACCAUGACUCAGGUGUCUCGUUGGUUCGAUGUCCGAAUAGGUUUUUAAAAUAUUGACCUAUUAUUCAACAUUGUUUAGUAAUAAUAGUAGUUCAAUUCUCAAGAUUAUUACAUUUGAAGAAUUAAAAUGGUAAAGUUGUAGUUGAGUAAUGUGUAAAUGUAUUGUUAGUGUUGGGCUACAUAGAAGAUUGUUUAGCCCUUUUUAUUUAUUUAUAUGUAUUUUGACUUUUCUAUUUGGCAAGCAUUUGCAGAUGAUGUGCUGGCUUAAUUUAUGCUGUGCCUCAGCAAAUGAGAUAAUUGCCAUGUUAAGAAAGAUUAAUGUUAAAGAGAUUGUUGAAUGUGGAUUUGUACUUUAAUAUUUGGUGAAUGAAUGUGAAAGAUCAUAUGCUUUUCUUGCAUGAUAAAAA